AUGGAAAUAAAUAAUAAUAAAAAUAAUGAUCUAAAUAUUUCAACAACAAUAAACACUACAACAGUUGUAAAUAAAACUGAAAUUUCCACAUCAGAAACAAUUGGAAACACAGAGUUAAAAGUAAAUUCCUCAACAGUUGUAUCAACUUCAAUUAAUAAUAUUCUUUCAGCAGCAACAGAAACACCAAUAGUUACACCAGCUACCACCACAGAAAAGCCAAAAAAAGAAUUAAAAAAUUUAGUAAAAUAUCAAUUAAUUGAUAUAGAAAAAUCAUCAUGUUUUAUAAAAUAUAAAGAUAUUAAAAAAGAGGUUAAAUUAAUUAUUCAAAAUGAUGAACCUUAUUUCAAAGUAGAGAAACCAGAGAGUGCAGGCGAAUUUAUAAUUGAGCAAAGUGCAACUACUUUAUUGAAGUCUUUUUUAAAAGAUGUCAAAGUAAUUAAAGGAAAUUAUUAUGUGUUUAUUAAUGACAAAAGAAUUGACGAUUAUUCAUUUGAUGAUAUCAAACCUUCUCCAUCACCAUCUCCAAAUGCAACCCCAAAACAAAUAAAGAGAAAGCCAAGAUUAUCAACUAACAAUGAUAGCAACUCCACACCAAUUUCAACUACCAACAUUAAUGAUGUCUUGGAAACACCAGGUAUUGAUAGAUCUCCAUAUGGCGAAAGAAAAACAACAAUUCCAGAAACAAAUAAAAGAGGUUAUUUUAAAGACAUUGACAAAGAUGAUUAUAAAUUUACAUUAAAAAAAGAACCAGUCGAAAUCAAAUAUGAAGAUCAACAGUUAUCAAGUAUUGAAACAGCAAUUAUCAAACCAUCAGGUAUUGGCAGAUUCUUUCAUUUUGGCUGCGAAAGGUAUUUAUCAUUUUCAACUAGAGUUACAAAAAAAGAAAAUGAUCCAAUAAAAUCAAUUCAAAGUCCAAUUUCUACAGUUCAACAAAAGCUUAUUGAUGAAGGUUUUGAAUGGGAGGCUGAGCUUUUGCAAUAUUUAGAAGAAAAAUCGAAUGAGGAAAAAAGCUUUAGAGUAUUUAAACCAAAGGGUGAAGCUGCAGACAUUACCAUUGAAGAAACUAUUAGAAUCUUAAAAGAAGAAAAAGGUGAUUUUUAUAUGGUCCAAUCCACAUUAGAACCACCAAAAACCUUUAGAAAGCACUUACCUGAAUCUAUUAAAUUCUCUUAUUCAAAACCAGAUUUCCUUCAUAUUGUCCCAACUAAAGAUGGCAAAAGAAAGAUUAUAAUUUUAGAUGCUAAAUCAACCACCACAAUUGCUUUCCACCAAAAGGUUCAAUUAGCUUUCUACAAACUCCUUUUAAACGAUAUCAUCAAGGAACAAGGUAUCCAAGAUUUAAAAGUUUCAAAUAAAGCAGGUAUUUAUUUAAAGGGAAUUUACGAAGUCGAGCCUUUUUCACUUAAAGAUCCAGUAAGAAUUUUAUCAAGUUUUCUUUUUGGAGAUCAAAUAAAGAAGCAGUCUUAUCUUUUAGAUAUUUUAUCAGUUCCAAAAGUCGAUUCACCAUGGAUCUUAAGCGAAAGAUGUGAUGGCUGUGAAUUUAUCGACCAUUGUACCAAUCAACUCGAAAAAGAACACACUUUAAAUACAGCAGUUAAUAUAAAAUCAUCACUUAAAUCACUAAUCCCAAACAAUAAAGACUCAGAUAUAAAUGAUUUAGAGUAUCUCCUCAAAGAGGUAAGCAUUGAUCAAAUUAACCAUCCAUCAUUAAAAGUUGACUAUAUGAAAUCAAAGCCAAUGAUUCAAGCUAUUUUAACUGAUCAAGUAGUCCCAACUGGGUUCUUUGAUUCAAGACUAUCAUCAUAUGAAGAUAUUCAAAUUUAUUUAGAAAUUAUUAAUAAUCCACUUUCACAAUCAAUUUAUCAAUGGGGGGUUUUAAUUGUUGACUCAAAGAAAGAGAACCCAUCAUUUGCAAAAGGAGAUAGCUUUAGCGAGCUUAUCGAAGGUCUUUCAGUACUUUUCCAACAGAAUGAAAAGGUUGCAUCUCUUCAAACCUACAUUUUCGACAGCUUUCAAAAAUCAGUUUUCUUUAGAGAGUGUUUUAAAAAACUUAAAGAAAUCGAAGACCUUGGCUCCAAUGAUCCAAAAGAUAUUACAUUCAAAGAAUCAUUAUUGUUGGUCCUUAGAGUUUUAUUAAAUAGUAAUGAGUGGAUUAAUUUCAAUAUUGGGCAUUAUCCACAAUUGCACGUACCAAGAUUUAAAGAUUUAUCACUCAGACAAGAUGAUUCAUCCUUCUUAGUUGUUCACGACUUAAUAACAACCUCUUUUGCUAUCAAUGUUAAACCAUUCUACACCUUUGAAAAUAUUAUCGAAAAAUUAAUUCUCAAAAAAGAUACAACAAAGGAUCAAGACCAAAAAAAAGAAAUCAUUGAUAAAAUCAAUAGAGAAAAGAAUGAAAUCUUUGACAAUAUUAUACAAUCAAAAGAUAAUUAUGCAAUUAUAGAAAAUAAACUUCAUUACCAAUAUGAAAUGGUUUCAAUCCUUAAAAAAGAAGUAUUUAAAUCAACUCAAGAUAAGAAAUCACCACCAUUUAUAAUUAGAGCUCCAUCUUCAUAUAAUGAUAACAAAAACUUAGCAAAAUUAUACUUUUGUUAUCAACACGAAUGUUUUUCAUCUUAUAAAAAAUUGAAAUCUUAUCGUUCAAAUCCAUUAGCUGUUAAUUUAUUGGAAGGUUUAUUUUAUUUAUUAAAAUUAAAUUCAAUCGAACCAAACAAAAAUAAAUUUAUACUUAAAUUAUCAACUAAAAUCAAUAUUCAAAAUAUUUCAAGAUUCCAAUCGAUGAUAGAUAAAACAUUUUCAACAUUUGGUAUCAUCAAUACAAAUAGUUAUUUAGAAUUAUUAAAUCAUAAUGAUAUUUUACAAACCAAAUUAUAUAGUAAAUAUAUUGACGAUGUUUCAUUCAAGGGUCAGUCUUAUCAAAUUGAAGGUGAUUAUAUUGAUAUCUCUUUAGAACUUCAAGUUUCAUCAGAUAAAAACUUUAAUGAUAAAAUUGGAAAUGAAUUUAUAUUGUUCGAAGUUUUUGAUUUAGGUUUUUUUGCAAUGCACAAAGGUUUAUUAAAUUCAUAUGAAAAUAUGCAAAAAUCAUCAGUAUUUUUAAAUAUUUUAGAUAAUCCAAUCGAAUGGUGCAAAGAAAACAAUAAUGAGGAUUUUGAAAGAUUAGCAAGAGAGGUUGUAGAUUCUUUUAGAGAAAUAAGUACUUUUAAUGAUAAAACCAAAUUAACUAUGACACCUUCCCAAGAGAACAUUUUUAAUUCAAUUAUUAAAAGACGUUUACAAUUAGUUAGAGGUCCACCUGGUACUGGAAAAACCCACUUUUUAGCUUUAAUCGUUUUAAUAUUUAUGGAAAGUUAUAAGAGAUUAGGAAAACCAUUUAGAAUUGCCAUUACCUCGUUUACCCAUAAUGCAAUUGACAAUUUAUUAAUUAGAAUAGCCUCUUUAAAGAAAGAGUAUUCAACUUCUGUAGGUCAAGAUAUCAAUUUCCCAUUGUUUAAGAAACAAACAAAGCUUAGCGAAGAUUUAAAGCUUAACAAAAUUCAAUUGUUUGAUAAAAAAGAGUUUGAAAGAGAACAUUUUUGUGUAGGUGCUACAAGUUGGUCGUUAUCGAAUAUGGAUUAUGAAAAUUUUGACCUUUUAAUUAUUGACGAAGCUUCUCAGUUAAGCAGUUAUAUUGGUGCAAUUCCAUUCUCACGUUUAAACAAAGAUACAGGUAGAGUUAUUGUCUGUGGUGAUAACAAACAAUUGGGUCCAGUCCUUAUGGAUAGAUACCCUUCAAGAAAUAAACUCAGUUGUAGAUCAGAGCCAUAUGAUCCAAAACUCCAAAAAUCAAUAUUUUCAUGUAUCAAAUCACUCUUGGUAAAAUAUAAUAUAAAGGAUCCAUAUCUUUCACUCUAUGAAAACUUUAGAAUGAAUAAACAAUUAUGCGAAUUCUCACAAAACCUAUACGGCCAAGAUUACAAAUGCUUCAAAGAAGACCAAGAACAAAUCAAACCUUUAGUUACAAUUAACAAUAGUGAUAAUGCAGGUAAUGAAUUAAUUCAGUCAAUUUUCAAUAGCAACGAUUCAUGUCAUACCAUUCUUUUAGACGAUUCACAGUUUGGAAAUAGAGAUUUAGAAGCACAAAUUGUUAAACAAAUUUAUAAAUUCCUUAGAAAUGAUUACAAUAAUAGACCAACCACCGAAAAAACAGUAUUUGAUGGCAGUAUUCCAAUAUCAGAGGAAGAUUUAGAAACCAAUUUUUGGAGAAAAGAUUUAAUUCUUGGUGUUAUUACCCCUCUUCACAUUCAAAGAAAUACAAUCAUCCCAAUCAUUCACAACGUGCAAUCAAAAGAAUUUAAUUUGGGUACCGAAGUUAGUCCCAUUGUCAACACUGUCGAAGUCACACAAGGUAAAGAAUUUGAAAAUGUGGUUUUAUGUUACAAUGGUUUUGAUGAAAUUAAUCGUAUAUCGGAAUUUAGCUUUGACCUCAAUCGUUUAAAUGUUGGUUUUACUCGUUCAAAAAAGAGAUUUAUUCUUAUAGUGUCUUCAAAACUUUUCUUCCCAGACGAAUCAAUCUUUGAUAAUAAGAGAAUGUCUUUAGCAUAUAAUCAUUUAAUCAAAUAUGUUGGAUUUUCAAAAAUUCAUAAAUUUAAUAUAGAUAUAACUAGUAAUACAAAUAUCAGCAACAAUACAACUUUAGAUAGUACAUUAGGAAAUCUUAUUGACCAAUUAAAUAUGUCUGUUAAUCUAUCAGAUGAAAAGAAAUAA